AUGUUCGCCAAAGGCAUGGCUAAGAUGCAGAAGAAAGACAUUGGAGUGGCUCAUCCGAGUGCAAGCAUUCUGCUCAUCUCGCCCCAAAACCGCAUACUUCUCCUUCAGCGCGUGAACACAUCUACCUCUUUCGCUUCUGCACAUGUCUUUCCUGGAGGGCACGUUGACCCACAAGAUGGCGCUUUACCACCCUCCUCCGAUUCCCAAUGUCACUUAGACAGUCUCCCAUAUCGCCUCGCUGCGAUCCGCGAAUGCUUCGAGGAAAGUGGCAUCCUCCUAGCCCACCAAAACUCCAAUAAGACCUCUCUUAUCAACCUUACCGACGAGCAGAGGGAGGAAGGUCGUCAAAUUGUCCAUGCGCAAGAAAUCCCUUUCAAGAACUGGCUGCAACAAUACGAUGCCAUCCCCGAUAGCCACAACCUCAUUCCGUUCACUCGCUGGCUUACGCCGACCGAUAUAAGAAAAAGAUUCUCAACGCAAAUGUACAUUUACUUCUUACCUCUCGACUCACCAUCCCUAGUGGCCGGCGCUGAGCGAAAUAAGCCACAGCAUAUCCCGACACCUGAUGGUGGGGUCGAACACACCGCUGCACGCUUCCUGUACGCCCAAGAAUGGCUCGACCUCGCGCUACAUAAAGAGAUUGUCUUGUUCCCACCUCAAUUCGUUCUCUUGAGCCUGAUCGCACCUUUUCUAUCGCCACCGUCAGGAAGUGCUGAGACGUCAGAGCACGAAGCGCUGUUAGAGCAAAGGGAUAAAUUGAAGCAUUGGGUGGAAACAGAUGGCGAUCCGCCAUGGGGCGAGAAGUGCAUUAGCCCUGAUGCCAUCAAGAAAGUUAGUGGGCGGUAUAUGAUCAUCGGGCUCGAUGGUCCGGGGUGGGAGUUGCAAGGCACGCAGAGGCGGGGUGACCCGUUGAGGAUACUGAAGGUUGAGUUGGAUAGAGAGGUUGAGAAGGGGAAGGAUAGACCUAGGCCAGUGGAGUUGACGUGGAGGACAGAUGGAGUCAGGGAAGAGGUGAAACCGAAGCUUUAG